AUGUUGCCUGUAACUCAUAAAUCCGGAUCAAAGCGAAAGGAACACAUAAAACGUCCAAUGAAUGCUUUUAUGGUUUGGGCACAAGCAGCCCGACGGAAGUUGGCCGAUCAAUAUCCUCAGUUACAUAAUGCGGAACUUUCAAAAACUCUCGGAAAGCUUUGGAGAAUAUUAAGCGAUGAAGAAAAACUUCCGUUUAUCGACGAAGCUGAAAGAUUACGAAACGCUCAUAAAAAACAGCAUCCGGAUUACAAGUAUCAACCGAGAAGGAGAAAACCACCGAAAAGUAUGGCGACAAAUAUAGUUAACGAUAACGACGUACCGGGUCCUUCUGUUCCCACGUCAUCUUCGUAUCACGAAUCCGAUACUUGCAGAUUAUAUCCGGAAAUAAGAUCCCCAUCGAGUAUUCCUAAAAAUUAUCAUCAGGACAAUAGAAGUUCUUUAAAUGACUCGAGAAUCCUUUACGAAAGUACUAGAAGUUUAAACGAAUCGAGGAAUUAUAUAGGAGAUGAAAGAAAUUAUGGAGAAUGUUCGAAAAUUCAUUCAUAUGUAAAAUUGUCUGAGAGUUCCCCAAGGAAUGAUUGUUCUUACGGUAAAAUAUAUGAUCCGAGGGAUUCAAUUUCCACAUCUGAUUCUUUUCGUUUAGAACAAGAAAAAACUUCAUCACAUUGCACAUACGGACAAUAUCAAUUCAUGGGAGAAUCGUCACAGUACAGGACUCAUCCUCCGAGUUUCGUUUACGAUCCGACAGCCGGACCACCUCAUUUAAGAGGACCCGCACCACCUUAUCACGGCGGAAAUGACGUAGCAUUUAACAAUUAUCAAUAUUAUCAAUACCCUCAAUCGGGUCCUUAUUAUUGUUCGCCGAGAUAA